GCGCCCGUAGGAAGGAAGGCUUUAAAAGCUUUCGAGUGCUGACGCGGACGCGCGGUGGUGAGGCUCAGAGGCUCGUUUCCUUCUCGACGUCUCGUCCUCGCUCUCUUUUCAGAGAGGCUUUGCCGUUUUGCACUCGAGAGCCCAGACUGGUUUCAGUCGAAGCAGAGCAGGGGGUGCAUAGUUGAUGGAAUGCCUCGAGUUGGGUUCCUCAGAUUUCUUCAUGGAGGGCGAUGCAAUCGACAGCCCAUCGGAAAUCCAUCUCGAGUCCGAUAGCUUGGCAGGCACCAAAGCUGUGCCGGAUCAUCGCCGGUAUGCUCAGCUUCACUGCAGUAAUGCCCCUGAUCCGCCUCCGCUGCCUGGAACUUCUUAUGGCGCGCGGAGAAGUUCUAGGAAGGCGAAGGCUUGCAGCCGUGUCCCUGAAGAGGUCCUGGAUUCCUGGGACAAGUUGUUCUUAGAGGGAUACCAGGCUGAUCUCCGUGUUUCCACAGAUGAUGGCACUGAAAUUCUGUCGCACUCUUGUGUUCUUGGUGUCAAAUCUCCUGUUCUGAGAGCUAUGUUGGAAGACGCUAAACUGAAACAUGGUUUUCGGUGCAUCCGAAUUUCUGGUGCGCCUUCAGAAGCAGUCCAUGUUUUCAUCAGAUUUCUUUACUCUUCACGUUUUGAGCAGGAACAGAUGAAGAAGCAUGUUCUGCACUUGCUUGUACUCUCCCAUGUUUUCUCGGUUUCAUCUAUGAAGACGGUUUGCAUCGACCAACUUGAGAGGAAUUUCCUUGCACCUGACAACGUUGUAGACAUCCUGCAACUUGCCGGAUUAUGUGACGCGCCCCGGCUCUCCCUCGUCUGUACCCGUAUGAUCCUUGGGGAUUUCAAGACUGUCUCUCUGACAGAUGGGUGGAAAGUAAUGAGACGGGUCAACCCGAGCCUGGAACAGGAGUUGCUCGAGUCUCUUGUCGAAGCUGAGACAGAAAGGCAGGAAAGAGCUAAAAGGAUUGAAGAAAAGAAGGUCUAUCUGCAACUGUACGAAGCAAUGGAAGCUCUAAUCCACAUAUGCCGAGACGGAUGCAGGACGAUCGGGCCCCGAGACCAAGCGCUCAAGGGCAGCCGAGCAGCCGUCUGCAAGUUCCCAGCCUGCAAGGGCAUCGAGCUGCUCGUGCGCCACUUCUCAAACUGCAGCGUCCGGGUGCCUGGUGGCUGUGCAAACUGCAAGCGCAUGUGGCAGCUCCUUGAGCUGCAUUCUCGCAUGCGUUUCACUCCAGACACCUGCAAGGUUCCACUCUGCAGGCAUUUCAAGGAGAAAAUGCAGCAUCUGGGCCGGAAGGAGGAGACCAAAUGGAACCUUUUGGUGUGCAAGGUGCUGGAGAGCAGAGGAACCAUGGGUUUUAUCUCUGAAAGGACAAAGUUUGAGACAUAGGAAGAGGUUGUGCAAUUAAAAAGGCAGGGCGCACCUAUGCAAUUAAAAAGAAACGCAGGUCGCAGAGUUGUAAAUUGUAAUGUAAUGUGAUAAUAAAAGCUCCUCAUGAAAAGUGGCUAUGGAACGAGAAGUCAUCAGAUUUGAAACAUCAAAGUAACCCUGAAUAUGUCCAAUACAUACAGUAGUUAUAAACUUA